AGCCGGGGGGCCAUGCACCACCAGCGGGUGCUGAUCAACAUCUCGGGGCUGCGCUUCGAGACCCAGCUGGGCACCCUCAACCAGUUCCCUGACACACUGCUGGGCGACCCGGAUAAGCGCAUGCGCUACUUUGACCCGCUCCGCAAUGAGUACUUCUUCGACCGGAACCGGCCCAGCUUCGAUGGGAUCCUCUACUUCUACCAGUCCGGUGGCAAGCUCCGCCGGCCCGUCAAUGUCUCCAUUGAUGUCUUUGCCGAUGAGAUCCGCUUCUACCAGCUGGGUGAGGAGGCUAUGGAGCGGUUCCGGGAGGAUGAGGGCUUCAUCAAGGAGGAGGAGAAGCCCCUGCCCCGCAACGAGUUCCAGCGCCAGGUCUGGCUCAUCUUUGAAUACCCUGAGAGCUCCGGCUCAGCCCGGGCCAUCGCCAUUGUCUCUGUGCUGGUGAUCCUCAUCUCCAUCAUCACCUUCUGCCUCGAGACCCUGCCCGAAUUCAGGGAUGAGAGGGAGAUGCCCGUGCCCCUGCCCCCACAAAGUGGAGUCUUCAAUGGCACGACCGGGGACUCUCCACCCAUGCAGCCACCCAGUAGCCUCUCUGACCCCUUCUUCAUCAUUGAGACCACCUGUGUGAUCUGGUUUACCUUUGAGCUCCUUGUCCGCUUCUUUGCCUGCCCCAGCAAACCUGAGUUCUCCCGCAACAUCAUGAACAUCAUUGACAUUGUGGCCAUCAUCCCCUACUUCAUCACCCUGGGCACCGAGCUGGCCCAUGAGCAGCAGCAGCCUGGGACUAGCAGUAGCAAUGGAGGCGGGGGCCAGCAGCAAGCCAUGUCUUUGGCUAUCCUCAGAGUCAUCCGCCUGGUCAGGGUCUUCAGGAUCUUCAAGCUCUCCAGGCACUCCAAGGGGCUGCAGAUCUUGGGACAGACUUUGAAAGCCAGUAUGAGGGAGCUGGGCCUCCUCAUCUUCUUCCUCUUCAUUGGGGUGAUACUGUUCUCCAGCGCUGUCUACUUUGCUGAGGCUGAUGACCCCGAGUCUCAUUUCUCCAGCAUCCCUGAUGCUUUUUGGUGGGCGGUGGUGACCAUGACCACCGUGGGCUAUGGUGACAUGCGGCCUGUCACGGUGGGGGGCAAGAUCGUGGGUUCCUUGUGUGCCAUCGCUGGCGUGCUCACCAUCGCCUUGCCUGUCCCUGUCAUUGUAUCCAAUUUCAACUACUUCUACCACCGUGAGACUGAUCACGAAGAGCAAGCUGUCCUCAAGGAUGAACACAGCAGUGCUCAGGGUAGCACAGCUGGGGGAGAUGCAAAAAGAAGAUCCAGUAAAAACUCUCUGAACAAAUCUGUUGUGCACUUGGAAAACAGUGAGGGGUUCAACAAUGGUACCAGUUCUUUAGAGAAAAGCAAUAUCAAAGCUAAAAGUAAUGUAGAUCUCAGAAAAUCUCUCUAUGCUCUCUGUCUGGACACCAAUAGGGAAACAGACCUGUAAGGAAAGGAGAGAGUUUGAGUUCAGAGAUGCAGAAGGAUUUGGUGGUGUUGGAAACUUACUACUAAUAUUACUCUUUUGGUACCACUUAGUGUUUUAAAUCAGUCUAUAUUUUAUAAAUUGAUCACUGUCCUGAGCAGACCUCCAGUAAUACAUGUUUUUAUGUUCUUUUUCCAUGACACAAAGGGUCACCUAUUUUUAAAAUAGACUAAGAAUAAUCUACACUCCAUGAUGCAGGAGCUGGUAAAUUAUGACAGUGCAAAACCUAAUUUGUAGACACUUAUUUUAGCAAAUGGUAGUUGGUUUUAAGUGGGUCAUUUGUAACCAAUUUAGUUGUUCCAAGUUUAGUAUUAAAGAGUUGGGGGAUGUGUGUGUGGAGAGUGAAUGGAUUUAGGGGUGGGUGGGGAGGUUGAGUUUUUUUGUACUGUAGUUUCAAACUGAAAUUAUUCCAGUAUAUUUUAUAUUUGUAUAACUGUAUUUAUGGGUGAAAGGGGAUUUCUUAUUCCUGUGAAAUAUGACUUCAUUAAAGCACUAGGAAAAUUAGCUGAUCAGCACUUUCAGAAUUUUCCACUUGUGAUCAGUACAGAUCUGGUUAUCUAGUAUGUGAAGUGAAUUUGGUGCUUUUAACCCUAUAGCAGAAAACUUGUUGUCAAUGAGAUGUUAGUUUCUUGUGAGCCUUAAAUUAUUAAAUAUUGUAGAUAUACUUCUUUUUAAAUAACUUUAUUAAUUAUCUUACUGUUUCAGAAUUUCUAAAUAAUUCAGUCCUGUGCUUUCUCUCCGAGGAAAGAAGUAUGUGCAGCUUUUUUUUAAGAUUUUUUUUUCAGCUUUACAGUUUUAUACCUUCAGUAAAUUUUUGAGACUAAAAGAAAAAGGUUAUUGCCUGCUGUUACUAAUUUUGAUCCAAGUGCACAACAGAUAAAAAAAAACGUUAGGGGGAUGGAUAGACAUAACCUGAAAGCUAAUUAUGAGUGCAGUAUCAAGUAUCUGCGAAACUUUUUUUGUUGUAUGCUUCAGAUUGCUUUGGCAUAUGUUUCAGUCACCUUUAUGUUUCCAUGCCAUUUGUGUACAUGGUUCACUGUUUUUAAUUAUCAUAGACUGGGAACGGAUGGCACUUCAAGAAUCUAACAUGGCAUGCUGUGCUACUUAAAUGACCAUUGUGUGGCUUAUAUCUUGUACUGAGAUGGAAAGCAUCACCUUUCACCAUAACACGUCCUUGUUUUCUUUUAUUUCCAAACAAAACCUUUUCAGUGCUGUGGAUUUUACAGUUAAAAUGUUGCUGAAAGACGAAUGACAAAUCAUCUUCACCAUGAUAACACAGCACUGUGCAGCUUCCAAGUCAAGACUGAUGCAGUUGCUUCUUUACUUUAGAUGAAAAAGCUGUGUUAUCCUUUUUUUUUUUUUUGCAAAGGACAUCUCUCUCUCUUUUCCCCUCAAAACUCCUGUUGCAUUGCUGAAGGAUGCCUCCUGCCUUUACCAAGUACAGUGGCACAAUAA